AUGAGCGACAAUUUUGGACGGAAAAAAUCCCAACGCUGGGUGAGCGUUUCCAAGGGGAAUUACAACGGACAAGAAUGGGACAGCAGCGACGAAGAGACAGAAGCUUUCAGCAACACACAGGAUCCAUCAGGUUCUGAAACGAUUGCUGGAAAGGCACCGCCCUUACCUCGGCUGAGCCACGACAGCUCCACGAUUGAAUACUCUGCGGGAGAAGAUGAAGACUCUCAAAUAAAUGAGGGCACAAACGAACAAUCACCAAUGGCAUCGACUUUAAGCAGUCACCGAACCGACCAAGAUACCGCCAGCAAUGAAAUGCAUUUAGAGAGCACCCAUUUGAAAGGGAAUAAAUCUAUAGCUUCAGAAUUCGAAUAUUCAGAGUCUGACGACGACGACAAUGAUGAAGAGGAAUACAGGGUACCCAAGACAGGAUACUUUGCAAGCAUGAUGGAAUUCAAAGAUUCAAAUCAUGGAAACGAAGCACCACAGGAAUCAGAAAAACAGAACGAUCACUCCAAUGGUGUUCAUGAGAAUACCUUAGAGACCGAGAAUUCGGGAAGUCGAAAAGUGUCCAUUGACCACUCUGAAGAGUCUUUGAAAGAUACAGGGGGCUCAAAUUUAGCAACGGGGACACCACAAAGCACAGCAGAAUCGCAUGGCGUACCGCGCGGGCUGGAAAAAGGACCGGAAAGGUCUGCAGAUUCUGCAGAUUCUAUGCCAGCUCAGACUGACGUUACGCGCAAAACUAGUGACUCAAAAGAUUCUACUUCUGAGGCAACACCGCAACAACCAUUCUCAGUACACGAUUCAUCGGGUUCUUCGUCGGAAAGGCUGAACGCCGACCGUCGUUCUUCAAAUUUGGAUGAGAUUUGCACGUCGCGUUCUUGGUCGACUCGUUCAAACCGGUCUGUCGGCGAGGAGCACGAAGCAAUUGGGGAAUUGAAUGAAGACUCUUUUAAGCAGCAUACACCAGUCAGGCCUUCGCAUUCGCGUACUAGGAGCGUGGUGACCGAUGCCUCUGGGGAAUCAUUCACAAAUAGGAAAACUAGUGUGAUUUCAUCUGAUGGGUAUGAAGAUAACGCCUCAUUUUUCAACCACUAUGGAAACAACAGCCCGCAAUCUUCAUCUGCAGGUGGGAGUAACAGAUCUCCGCAGAAAGCUCAAGCUUCGUCUCCCUUAAAAUUAAGAUACACCUCCAAAACGGAUCUUCAUCCUUCAGAUAUGACUGAGCAUGAGUCUGCAACAGAAGUUGAGAAUGUCAGAAGUGAGGAAAGAAGCUCUCCUUCUGAUAAUGGCACCAAUGAUUCAGAUGUGGAUGAUGACGAAAGUGUGAUAAGAAUUCCCAAAAACGGCUACUACGCUCAGAUCAUGAAGGACUUCUCUAAGGAUGCUGCCACAAAGGAAGGAAGCGAUACUAACCAGAGUCAUGAAGAUGCAGAAAGUGACAUAGUGAGCACCGAGACGGGUUCGAUAACAGACAGUAUUCAGGCUUCUCGUGCGCGGUCAUUCGAAAGCCAAAAUGCGAAUCAGGAAAAACUGAACAGUGAGCCUGAAUCACCAAAUGACGCAGUAGAUGAUAAUGGCUCGGUGAGAAGCAAUGAGGAGCGUAAAAAGUCAGCAUUGAGACAGUCGAUCAACCUAGGUAAGUGGCAACCCGACACUGAUGCCAAUAGAGCAAAUUUCUUAGGUGGCGCGACGCCCACAGAUGAUGUGCCAGAGGGAUACGUGGUUGAUAGAGACGGUCAACUGGUUGACCUCAAUCCUUCAAAGAUGAGAACCGAAAGGGCCAUAUCCAUGUAUUCUGACGCAGCUAGCGCAUGGAAUGCUUUUCCAGCAUCUGCGGGUGCUGUGGGUGGGGACACCGAUACGGUUUAUGACACCAAGACAAUAUAUGAUAACCAGACUAUUUUCAAUGUACCCGGCGCGAUUUUGAAUCACAAUUCGUUACCUCCGCUACCUCGGGAUGUGUCCGAAAGUGCUCGGACAAAUACGAUAGCGGAUUCUGACUCGAUACUGAAGCACCUAAAUGGCGAGAAAAGGCAUCAUACUUCAAACUUGAAGGAGGACUUUUCAGUGCAGGCUCCAGACUCCAGCGAGAUUGCCCAGCUGAAUAAGAAGACGAUUCCGUCACUAGACUUGGACGCGUUACUCCAAUCAAAAAGCAAACCUCAUGCGACUAAAAUCAGAGAGCUCACAAGCUAUUCGAGAGAGCUUAACGAUUACGAUAGUGGUCUACACAUAUGGAUAAGUUUUGCUUUAAAAUCGUCUGCAUCUGAUAGAGACUAUAUCUUUGACGAGUACAAGGUAAACAAGCAUGUCAAGGAUGCAUACGCACAGGCUGAUGAACUAGGCAAAAAGAUGACAGUGAGCAAUACGGUAGCGAAUGUUAAUCAAAAUGUCUCCCACUUGAAGCGCAAAGUAUUUUCGCAUUCAAUGAAGGAGAAAUCGAAGGGCCUUUUCUCUUCGAUAGGGAAAAAGAAGACUUGA